GGGCCAAUAAGACACUCGCUUUUGCCUGACGUGGGCGUGGCCCCCGCUGGCCAAUGGGCGAGCGCGGUGGAGGGAAAAGGCCGAGGGCGAAGGGCCGGCCAGACGCGAGGGACGCCGCACGCUAGUGUUUUUGCUUAUACAGAUCAAGUGAGAACUUUGGCUUCUUGUUUUCUGAAAACAAGGUGAAGAUGAGUGAGUCUCGGAGCGCCAUACAGGCCUGUCAUUACAAACAUUGCUGUGCCUCUCUGCUGCUGGUCACAGUAACUACACUCAUUUUACCUUUGAUGGUUUAAUGCUGCCACCUGACCCCUGCUAAUCCAGGACUCAAAGCUAUCACAUUGACUUCAGUUGAGCAUCAGUGUCUCCAACUGUAAGGUCUGGUACAACUAAAGAAGAGGCAACAGCAAAGCUCCUGAAUGUGCCAAUGCCACUCCUACCGUUUUCAGUUCUGUAGGAUUAUUGAAAGGCAUGCCUCUGGACCCUCCCAGUGUGGAGAAUUGGUUUUUACAUGUACCCACUCCAGUUUUCCUGAGCCUUAAAACUUCAUCAACACCAAGCUGAGGAAUGUUAGACAUCUCCAGGUCCAGAUGGUAGGCCAUAUUUUGACAUGCUCUCCUGCCAACCAAUCAAACUUUUUACUCUUAUUUUUUUAGUUCUGUGAGCUUCCAUAUUAAAUAAACCUAGAAUCCCCACUCAAUGGCUCCAUAUCUACAAAUUCAGCCUGUACUAGUUUUAUGGUACUUCCACCAUUAUUCCAUAUUUUAAAAACCCAUUCCCACAUAUUUCCCCCAGAUUUCUGCUUGAAUGAAUUAGCAAAUUCAGUGAAUGAAAAUGAGGACAGAGUGAACCAAGCUGGGAGAGGAGAGAAAGAGGGGGAAAGCAAGAGAGAAGAGAAGAAGACAGAAGAUCAAUGAUGAUGUUCGGAAAAAUUUCGAGGCAGCUCUGCAGCUUAAAGAAAAUCCCAUGGUCAUGUGACUCCAGAUACUUCUGGAAAUGGUUGAAUACAGUGUUUAAUAAAGUAGAUUAUGAACGCCUCAAGGAUGUUGGCCCUGACAGGGCAGCAUCUGAGUGGCUACUUCGGUGUGGAGCCAAAGUACGCUACUGUGGCCACCAGAAGUGGCUACAGGACUAUAACAAACUCCCAGGAGGCUCUGUAGACAGAUACAAGAUUCAAGAAAUUGAUGCCACUGAUUCUUGUAUCAUGGACAUUGGCUUGGAUCACAUGGUGGGCCUGGAGCAUGUUGAAAAAAUAACACUAUGCAAGUGUCAUUAUAUUGAAGAUAACUGUUUGCAGAGGCUUAGUCAACUGGAAAAUUUACGAAAAAGCCUAUUGGAACUGGAAAUAAUUACCUGUGGAAAUGUCACAGACAACGGCAUCAUUGCUUUGCGACAUUUUAAGAACCUCAAGUAUUUGUUCUUAAGUGAUCUUCCUGGAAUAAAAGAUAAAGAAUACCUUGUUCAAGUCCUUAAGACAGCACUGCCUUCUCUGGAACUAAAAUUAAACCUGAAGUAAAAAGAGUGUCUGGUUUCACUAUUAAGGAUCACUUGAAAUCGCUGAUACUAGAUAGCUACAAAUAUUGCAUAAUCACCACUAGAACUGUGAAAAGUGAUUUAGAAAUGGAGAAUGGAUGUCAGGAAGAGAAUAAAUAAUCAAAAGUGACUCACUGGAGUUACUUACUUGGAAGUGAGAAAUUAUGUACAUUGAAUCAUUUUUAAAAAUACAACCUAGCAAUUUAAUUCUAAUGUAUUUCUCAUUGAUAUAUAUAUGUAGAUGUUGAUGUAGAGUUCUUUCAACUACAAUGCAAAUAUUCUUUCUUACAAUAAUUUACAUCACAUUGGAGCAUGUUACUGUAAAUGUACAAUUAUGAGAACCUGAAAGCUCAGUUACACACUCACUGAUAGAAUCCAUUGUACAAGGCUGUCCGUGGCAUUGAGAACAGUGUGCUGUAUUGCUUCCCAGGAUUUGCAUGCUUUGCUGCAUUCCUAAUCAUACAUAUUUUUAAAAAUACCCUGUCUCAGAAAGAGAGGUUCUGGCUACUCUGUCCUAUUUUAAAGCUUGGGCUACUUACUGCUCAUUAAAACAGAACGCAAUACUUAUCUCCACCCAACUAGUUUUGCUGGUAAAGCAAACAGAGAAAACAGGCUGCCCUACUCCCCAUCUGCUUCAAACAGGAGUGUGUGUUUGGUAGAUGUUAAUUUUGCUAUCUCUCAAAUACUUUGAAUUCUACUGUCUAUGAACUCAAGGGAUAUAAAAAUAUAAAUACAAAAAUGAAUUUUAUAUCUAGAAAACAUUAAUAAAGAAUGCCUUAAAUACAU